CAUCGUACCAUGGCUGAAAGCAGAACACACCCAACCUCGACCGCGCGUUGAACUCUCUCUCUCUCUCUCUCUCUCUCUCUCUCUAUCCUUAUACGUAUACGUAUACAGAUACGUAUUGCGCGCUCGAAAUCAAUCUACCACUGCUGCGUCUUUGUCGUCGUCUUCUUCUUCGUUUCCCUUUUGUUACCUUCCAUUGAUCCCUGAAGUCUCUUCUUGUUUGUUGUUCUUCUUUGUUUCUUUUCGAUUCGUUGAAUAAUUAUUUUCCCGCUAGCUAGGGUUCUUGCUGGUUAAACCUUGUACCCCGAUUCGUAUCUGUAAUUCAUUCCCUGAUUCGAAGCCUCCUUUUUCCUGACCCAAAUUCGCCGGUCGAUCCCUUGACUCGGCUCCGAUUAGCUCGAUCGAGCAGCGUUUUCUUCCAAGGAGGAUGCUCAUGAAUUGAUGAAUCAAGCAAUGAAUACAGAGACAUUAAUAGCUCCAACAGGGACAACUUCGAAAGAGGGACAAACUUUUGUUGAUCAUAAUCAUGGGCAAUCAUCAUAUGUUCCUCCCUCAAUUGGUUCUGAGGCUCCACCAUGGACUAUGCAUAGAGUGGAUAAUAAUUCCACUCAGAAUGCAUUUCCACAGAAUUCUACCUACAGUUAUCAGCAGAAUGCACAACCACCUACUGCUGAAGGAAUGAAUGGCACACCUGCAACUGCAAGUUCAUCGAGUUUGGCUUCAACAAAUGUACCCCAAGGUUAUAGUGGCUAUGCGACAUACCAGAACUCCACUACUGACUCAUAUGGGUAUGGAACUACUGGAUAUACGAGUUACUAUAGCGGCUAUCAGCAGCAGACUAGUCAUUCAUACUCUCAGCCUGUCGCAGCAUAUCCAAACACAGGUCAUCCUUAUCAGCCUAUUUCCUCAUUUCAGAAUACAGGGUCUUAUGCUGCGCCUGCAAAUUAUUCAAGCACUUACUACAAUCCUGGUGAUUAUCAGACAUCUGCUGGAUAUCCAACUACAAAUUACAGUACUCAGAGUACCACUCAAUGGAAUGAGGGGAAUUAUGCAAAUUAUAGCAGUUACCAGUAUUCAGGCUACCCUCCAACUUCAACUGGCACUUAUACUCCUGUCAGUGCAACUGCAGCGCCAGUGCAUUAUCAGCCACAGAAUACUCAAUAUUAUGGAAAGAACCAUACAGAAGUAACCUGUGCUCCUGGUACUGAAAACCUUUCUGUUGCUACUACAACUAAGUUGGACUGUCCUAUUCCUGGGGUUCCCGGGGUUACAGGGGGCUAUUCAACUACAAUUAGCCAGCCACAACAGCCCCAACAGCCCCAACAGCCUCAACAGCCCUCUGCCGCACCUUGGAGGCCAGAGGCUGCUUCGUUACAAAUGCCUCCUCAGCAGCCCAGUACAGUGGCCAGUGCUGCUCAUGACGGUUACUGGAAUUAUGGUACCUCUGGCUUUCAAAACCAGCAGUCGGCUGUUGGACAACCUGAAGCUUACCAGCCUUUUGAUUCAAGAUCUGCAUAUGCUAGCUUUCAGGAUCCUCAAAACAAUUCCGGUCCGCCUGGAACCAACUUGCAAUAUCCUACUGUUCAUCAGGUUCCCCAAAGUAAUCCAUUUCCCAAUACCCACCAGACUUCUCCAUCUUUAGAUUCGCGAAGAGUAGGAAAAUUCCAGAUCCAGACAAAUCCUAGAAUUGUUUCUAACUUGGGUGUGGGUUUAGCGAAAACUGAUAAGGCUGGCUCUGGGACCAGUGCAGCAACAAAACCUGCAUAUAUCAGUGUUUCUUUGCCAAAUUCAAAUGAUAAAGUGUUGUCCAAUGAUGCCUCUGAUUCUGCACUUAAGUCUGGUGCUUUUCCGAAGUCGUUGCGUGGGUAUGUUGAGAGGGCUCUUGCUCGCUGUAAAGAUGAUGCACAGCUAAAUGCUUGCCAAGCAGUUAUGAAAGAGAUGAUUACUAGUGCAACUGCUGACGGUACUCUGUAUACACGAGAUUGGGAUACUGAGCCUCUUUUCCCACUUCCCAGUGUGGAUGGAGAUAGUAAGGGGGUACAAUUUCCAGCUCCGGGAUCAACAUUCAAAAGAAGUCCAACCAGACGCAUCAAGAGCAGGUGGGAGCCCUUACCUGAGGAGAAGCCGCAGGCUAAAUUAGCUCCCGUAAAAUACGGUGGAUGGGUGCAGGCCAAUCAAAGAGAAAGAAAGCCUUUCAUUUUUAAUUCUGAAAGAAAGGAGGACAGAGCAAAUAGCAUGAAGUUUUCUAGCGUGGACCAGAAUGCUCCCAAGUUUCAGAGACCAUUCAAGAGGCAGCGUCUCGUUGAUAAGCCAACUGCUGUGGAGAACGGUGAUGCGUCAAGUGAUAGUGACAAGGAACAAGCGCGCUAUUCUGGUGCUAUCUCAAUGGCAAAUACCCCAGAGGAAAGAAAGAGACGGGAAAGUCGGUCCAAGCGCUUUGAGAAGGGACAAGGUAAUCGGGCAGAAUUUAAUCAUCAUUAUAAACCAAAAGGUGCUGGAGCAGCAAAUUUGUAUGUUAGAAGGGCCAGUGCCAUGGUGAUCAGUAAGAACUUGGAUAAUGGGGGCUCUGAGGCUGUUGAAGACAUUGACUGGGAUGCCCUUACUGUUAAGGGGACCUGUCAGGAAAUUGAGAAACGUUACUUGCGCCUUACCUCUGCCCCUGAUCCGGCCACUGUGAGGCCAGAAGAAGUUCUUGAAAAGGCUCUUGCUAUUGUUCAAAGCUCGCAGAAGAAUUAUCUUUACAAAUGUGAUCAGCUGAAAUCGAUUCGCCAGGAUCUAACUGUUCAACGAAUUCGCAAUCAGCUCACUGUCAAGGUAUAUGAAACGCAUGCCCGAUUAGCCCUCGAAUUUGGAGACUUACCUGAGUACAAUCAGUGCCAAUCGCAAUUGAAGACCCUCUAUGCUGAAGGAAUUGAGGGCUGCCGUAUGGAGUUCUCUGCUUACGGCUUACUUUGUAUGAUUUUGCACUCUAAUAAUAACAGAGACCUAUUGUCGUUGAUGUCAAGAUUGCCAAGUGAGGCGACAGAGGAUGAGGCUGUAAAGCAUGCUCUUGCGGUUCGGGCAGCUGUCACUUCUGGGAAUUACACAAUGUUUUUCAAACUACACAAAAAAGCACCUAAUCUAAAUUCCUGCCUUAUGAAUCUGUAUGUGGAAAAGAUGCGGUAUAAGGCUGUGAGCUGUAUGUCGAAAUCGUAUCGCCCCACUGUCCCAGUUUCUUACAUCGCUCAGGUUUUGGGCUUUGCAAGUGCUUUAUUUGCCAACGAUGAAAAUGAAGGGAGGGAGACGGAUGGGUUAGAAGAGUGUAUGGAUUGGUUGAAAGCUCAUGGUGCUUGCCUUGUUACUGAUAACAAUGGAGAGAUGCAGCUCGAUGCUAAGGCGUCGUCGUCUAGCCUCUACAUACCUGAGCCCGAAGAUGCUGUGGCUCAUGGAGACGCUAAUCUUGCUGUCAACGAUUUUCUAGCUCGGGCAUCCUUAUAGCGUGAAAGCCUGCUUGUUGUCAGAUUAAAGCUUGGAGAGUUACCGAGUCCGCAGGAGGCAGCAAAUUUUUUUUGAGAGCAACUCAGAGUUUGAAGAAUGCCCGAGCUCCCGGGUCUUACCUAGGAGGGAUAGGUUUCUGAUGUAGCGAGUUAUGUGACAGCAGAACGUGAACUAGGAGUACGGGAUUCGCCACGCAUCCAAAAGAAAAGGAGGAUAACGGGCUUCGUGACUGUCCCUUGGGGGAGCUUGGGCCUGAAUCGGAAGCUGGCAUUUUUUAGCAGUUGAUACGCAGGAGUUGGUCCUGUAUCAUUACUAGAAUGUUCAGUGCAAUUCAUGUAUAGAACCUGGAAAGGAAUGAUAGGGGAAUUACACAUUGUACUGAUUGCCUGGUCGUAAAUUUAAGGAUGUCGAUGUAAUAGCGAUAAUCCCCUAUCAUUUCUUGGUCAUCUUUCAAUGUAGUCAGGUCACGAGUAAUAACAGGAGCUUUAUGGUUGGGUUCUCUGGAA